AUCGUUGUAGACUGUUUUUUUGGACAGUUUGCAGUGCGCCAUCCUGGUACUUUCAGUGCACUGAAUUAUUCUGGUUUUGUGAGUGAAGCGCCCUAAGCACUGAAAGUCAGUGCUCGAAGUGCACAAGUGCGCGGUAGUAGACACAGCCAUUCUCUGAAUGAGCCUUGCAACUUACUUCCUCGAGUUACAGUUUUGUAAACGUUGCGAUUUUUCAGCACCAGAAUGUCUAAACUAGGUGUGUUCAGAGAUUUGAUCACUCAACGAUUGACAGCGGCAGCUUUGGAGAUAUUCGCAGCCGCUGAAAAAUCGUUUGCCGAGUUUGAAGAGGAGAUUAAUCAUUCAAAGGAGGAGAGUGCGAGACUGCAGCGGUUGUUGGACAUUGUUACUCAACCUGAAAUCAAGCUUCACCGAACAGAUGUGCAGCAGCUCUCUCUCCCGGCACCCCAACAGAUUAAAGAGGAACAGGAGCCCUUUACCAAUCAGGAGGAAGAGCAGCUCCAAGGACUGCAGUCUGAAACUACACACUCCGUGUUCACUUCUACCAGGGUGAAACAUGACUGGGAACAGGACGGCUUUUCUGAAUAUUCACAUCUUGACCAAACUGUUGAAGUGGAGAACAGAGAAGGAGACUCUCUACCCACCAACACAACUGAGGAGCAAAUCAAAGCAGACCCUGAUGAACAAGACUAUACAACAUCAGAACCAGGCAGUGACUCUCAGCCCCUCUCUGUUGUAGCUCCAGACUGUCCUACAGCUCAGAGUUUGGAGGAAGAACAUGGAGGAGAGCUGCUUAUUCGAAACAGAACACAAAACCAUGAGGCUCUGCCAAGGCAUAUGUUGCGUUACACAAGACAAACACUACAUCAGUGUCUAAUAUGUUACAAAACCUUUAGUGUAAAGAAGGAUUUGCUUUCUCAUGUAAGGAGACACACAGGAAAGAAACCAUAUCAGUGUCAACAAUGUAACAAACAGUUUAGUCAGAGUUCUAGUCUGGUUCUGCACAUGAGAACACACACAGGAGAGAAACCUUAUCAAUGUCAAGAGUGCAGCAAACGCUUUGCUCAAAGGCAACAUCUGAUACAACACGCAAGUACACACACUAGAGAGAAACCUUUUCAAUGUCAGGAAUGUAUCAAACAAUUUGCUCGAAAACAUUCUCUAGUUGCACACAUGCAGAGACAUUUAUUAACACCGUUUAAAUGUCAAGAAUGUAACAAAAUGUUCAAAUUGAAGUCACAAUUGGUUGUGCACAUGAGGAAACACACAGGAGAGAAACCGUAUCAAUGUCAGGAAUGUAACAAAAUGUUUAGAUUAAAGUCACAAUUGGUUCUGCACAUGAGGACACACACAGGAGAGAAACCGUAUCAAUGUCAGGAGUGCAGUAAACGGUUUAGUAAGAAGGGUAAUCUGGCUGUGCACAUGAAGUCACACACAGGGGAGAAACCUUUCCAAUGUCAAGAAUGUAACAAAAUGUUUAAAUUGAAGUCAUCUUUGGUUAUGCACAUGAGGUCACACACAGGAGAGAAACCUUAUCAAUGUCAGGAGUGCAGCGAAGUCUUUGCUCGAAGUCGUUCUCUGCUUAAACACAAGACAACACACAGGAGAGAAACCGCAUCAGUAACAACAAUGUAACAGAUAUUUUGCUGGUUGGCUGAGUAGGGGUGGGCCGUAUACCGGUAUGAAUGCUAUCAUGAUAUCCUUUCUCACGUCAGCCCUCACUGACGCAAGAAAGUAGGCCACAUAACUUUAUUUGUACAGCAUGAAAACCUUAUUAUAAAAUACUAAGCACUGUUAUAAUAAACAAUAAAACAAUA